UUUCCAAGUCCCUUAAUAAUUCAACGGCUCAGAUUCUCCGUCGAAUCUUCAUCUCUCUCUUCUUCCCCAUCCACCAUUGUUACUCUGCAACCCAAAAAAACACACUUCACAAGUUUCAAUUUUUAGCUUCAAUUUCAACCUAUCUCUCUUCGAAUGUUACCUUUAGAGUAUCGCCUUCAUUAUCGAUAUCCUUUAACCCAUAAAAAACCCAAAUUUUACCUAAAUUCACAUCACCAAAAAUUACAAUUUUCCCGCGUAAAUUUUAGGGUUUUCCCUUCUCUGUGUCGCUUUCAAUGCUUAGCUUCACAGAACUCACGAUGGGUUUGUCGUUCUACAAGUGAUUCAGAUUCAGCAACCGGGUCAGGUUCUGGAGAUGAGAAAACCGGGGAGGGUCUGGUUGUUGAGGAUGCUGAUUCGGAGAGCCCCGGUUCGGAUAAGAGGAGGGAGAAACAGAAGAAUGGUUGGCGGCGGCCGGAGUUUCGGUGGGAACCAAUAGUUCAAGCGCAGGAAAUUGCUGUUUUGCUUUUAAAAUUUGGGAUGAUGUUUUACGUGACGAGCUUGCUCCGGCCCGGGGUUACCUUUCCCGGGUCGGAGCCUAAGGCUCCAAUAAAAUAUGAGAGUGUGCCUUAUAGUGAGUUUUUGAGUAGGGUUAAUGGUAAUCAGGUGAGGAAAGUGGUGGUUGAUGGGGUUCAUGUUAUGUUUAGGUUGAAGAGUGGUGUUGGAAAGGUUGAUGAUGGUGAAGUUUUGGGAGGUGAUAAUGGGUUGCGUGAAUCAGAGUCUUUGGUGAAGGGUGUUGCACCAACUAAGAGGAUUGUUUUUACUACAACAAGGCCAAGUGAUAUUAGAACUCCUUAUGAAAAGAUGCUGGAGAAUGAGGUGGAGUUUGGAUCUCCGGAUAAGCGUUCGAAUGGAUUCUUUAACUAUGCUCUGACAGCUGUGUUUUAUGUUGCUGUGUUAGCAGGGCUUUUCCAACAAUUACCUGUAAGUUUUUCUCAGCACACUGCUGGCCAGAUUCGGAACCGCAAAUCAGGCAGUUCCAGGAGAAAGUCAUCUGAACGAGGUGAAACAGUCACGUUUGCUGAUAUUGCUGGUGUGGAUGAGGCUAAAGAGGAGUUAGAAGAGAUAGUGGAAUUUCUUCGAAAUCCAGACAAGUACACACGACUCGGUGCUCGUCCUCCUCGUGGUGUUUUAUUGGUGGGCAUUCCUGGGACAGGCAAGACUCUACUAGCAAAGGCUGUGGCCGCGGAAGCUGAUGUGCCAUUUAUAAGUUGUUCUGCUAGUGAGUUUGUAGAGUUGUAUGUUGGAAUGGGUGCUUCUCGUGUAAGAGAUCUUUUUGAAAAGGCAAAAAGGGAAGCUCCAUCAAUAAUAUUUAUCGACGAGAUAGAUGCUGUAGCUAAAAGUCGUGAUGGUAAAUUUCGCAUGGUCAGCAAUGAUGAACGAGAGCAAACCUUGAACCAGUUGCUCACUGAGAUGGAUGGAUUUGAAAGCAAUUCUGGAGUGAUAGUAAUUGGAGCUACUAAUAGGUCAGAUGUCUUGGACCCCGCUCUUCGCCGUCCAGGAAGAUUUGAUCGCGUAGUUAUGGUGGAAGCACCUGAUAGGAUUGGAAGAGAAUCCAUCCUGAAAGUUCAUGUUUCCAAAAAAGAACUUCCUUUAGCCAAAGAUGUUGUUCUUGGUGACAUAGCUUCUAUGACAACUGGUUUCACUGGUGCAGAUCUUGCAAACCUAGUAAAUGAGGCGGCUUUGCUAGCUGGAAGACAAAGUAAAGCUGUAGUAGGGAAAAUUGAUUUCAUUCAUGCGGUAGAAAGAUCAAUAGCUGGCAUAGAGAAGAAGACUGCCAAGUUGCAAGGAAGUGAGAAAGCCGUUGUUGCACGACAUGAGGCCGGCCAUGCUGUAGUUGGUACUGCAGUUGCAAAGCUUCUUCCUGGACAACCACGUGUUGAGAAACUGAGUAUAUUGCCGAGGUCGGGAGGGGCUUUGGGCUUUACUUAUAUUCCUCCAACAAAUGAGGAUAGAUAUUUGCUAUUCAUUGACGAGUUGCACGGUCGCCUGGUGACCCUUCUUGGAGGACGUGCGGCUGAAGAAGUUGUUUAUUCUGGUCGAGUUUCAACAGGUGCAGUUGAUGAUAUACGAAGAGCAACCGAUAUGGCAUACAAGGCUAUAGCUGAAUAUGGUCUUAAUCAGUCCAUAGGCCCUAUGUCAAUCUCCACUCUUUCUAGCGGUGGAAUGGAUGAAUCUGGGGGUGGAGUUCCUUGGGGAAGGGAUCAGGGACACCUCGUUGAUCUUGUUCAAAGGGAGGUGCAAACAUUACUGAAGUCUGCACUGGCUGUUGCACUUUCCAUUAUCCGAGCAAAUCCUACUGUCUUGGAAGGUCUUGGUGCUUAUUUGGAAGAAAAGGAGAAAGUCGAGGGUGAAGAGCUACAAAAGUGGUUAAAAUUAGUGGUUGCACCGACAGAGCUUUCUCGCUUCAUCCAAAGUACUCAAGAGACUCUUCUCCCGUUGCAGACAGGUCUGUGACAGUUGAAAGAGUUGUCAAAGCAAGUGAAGUUAUAUUUCGAAUACUAAUAGCACGAGUUCGCCUUUACAACUUUGUGUAUAUUUCUGUAAAGUGAAUUUUCGCGUCUUUUUUGUCAUCAAGUUAUUUAUGUUAUAGCUCAAUUCACUCAACCAAAGCCACAGGAAAUGGAAACAUAGAUGUAUAAAUCAAUUGGUCUCCAAGGAUUGCAUUAGUCUUAAACUGGAUUCAUACAUGUUAGUUUAUGAAUUUGUUUAUAUAGUUUGAUUAUGUGGAAUUUAUAUGAUUCUUAUGUUCAUGUUA